CACAGCUCCCCAAGGCGCCCAGGUGAGCGCGGGGCGGACGGAGGGCGGCCGCCGAGCCGCUGAGCCGGGCCCCAAGCCAGCGGCGCAGCAUGCGCGCGGGGCCGGGCACCCAAGAUGUAUGUAGGCUAUCUUUUGGAUAAGGACGCCAACAUGUAUCCCAGCCCCGUCCGGCACCCCAGCCUCAACCUCAACCCCCAGAAUUACGUGCCGGGGCCGCCCCAGUACUCGGACUUUGCUGGCUACCACCAUGUGCCAGGGAUUAACAGCGACCCGCACCACGGGCAGCCCGCGGGCGCCUGGGGCUCUCCCUACACCCCGGCCAAGGAGGACUGGCACUCGUACGGGACCGCCGCUGCCUCGUCCACCACCGCCCCGGGGCAGUUCGGAUUCAGCCCCCCGGAUUUUAACCCCAUGCAGCCGCCGGGCUCAGGGCUGCUGCCGCCGCCGCUCAGCAGCGCGGUGCCCCAGCUCUCCCCCACGGCGCAGCGGCGAACGCCCUACGAGUGGAUGAGGCGCAGCAUUCCCAGCACCAGCAGCAGCGGCAAGACCAGGACGAAAGACAAGUACCGGGUGGUGUACACAGACCACCAGCGCCUGGAGCUGGAGAAGGAGUUUCACUACAGCCGCUACAUCACCAUCCGCCGAAAAGCUGAGCUGGCCGCUGCCCUGGGGCUCACCGAACGGCAGGUGAAAAUCUGGUUUCAAAAUCGGAGGGCGAAGGAGAGGAAGGUGAACAAAAAGAAGAUGCAGCAGCAAAGCCAGCCCACCAGCACCACCACACCGACACCUCCAGCCGUUGGCACGCCGGGGCCCAUCGGAGGCCUGUGCAGCAGCACUGCCCCAAACCUCGUCUCCUCCUCUCCACUGACGAUCAAGGAGGAAUUCAUGCCUUAACCCCCAGCAGCUACAGACACUGAGAGAUAAGCACUAUGCGGCAGAGCCAAGCUGGCCAGCAUGCUCUGAAGAGUGACAGUCCCCUCCUAAAGACACAAUGUUCCCUGGCUGACCCAAUGGGGCAGUCCACGAGGCUGGACAAGGUGGCACCAUGAUCUUCCCAAGGGGCUUGUGGGCUCUCGCCUACAUACAAAACGAUAGGUUAGGUAGUAUUGCUCUCCUGCAGGAAACACAUUGAUCUGGCCUCCAGUGUUGAUAGCCCAAAGCGGGAUCUUGGUGUUAUUAGAGAGGAAGGAGGGUUCUUGGCUGGAGGUGUGAGCUGGUGGUGGAGGAAGACUUUCCUGCAGCACAUCAGAUGGAGCUUGUGGGAUGCUUCCUUCGCGGUCCUCCUGGUGAUCCAGCUGCCUGGUGCUUUUGGGGCAGUUCAAACAAGACUGAGAAAACAGACUUGGCUGGACUUAAGGCAAAACAAAUUUGAGCUGAACUGGUCUCCUGGAUCUGCCAUGCUAGGAAAGGGGAUGCAGAAGGAAGAGCAAGCUGGACGGUGCGAGUAAGGCAGGACCCUUGGCUGACGUGGCUGCAGACAGAAGAGCCUGCUGGUGCCUGAGGGAGAACUGGAGCCCUCCUUUAAACCAGCGCUGACAGCCCUGAGCCAGAGCACACCCUCGGCAAGUUUCCCACGCAUGUCUCCACUAUGCACUGCAGCCAUCCCCGCAGCACCCCUCCUGCACUCCCGGGCGCUGCCUAUGCUGCUCCGGGUCUGGAGCCUCACUCUCUACGCAGAAAACAACUGUGUUCUCCUGCAGCGUGGCAACUGAGGUGCGUCCAUGGAGCACCACAUGGAGACAUGCCAAGUCUCCAUCCGGCAAACGUAUUGCAUUGCGCUGCGGGGACUGCAGCAGCCGCAGGCACUGGAAAUGGCUGCUCUUCAUGGCUGGGGCUGGGGCUGGCAGGGGAGACGAAGAGCUGGCGCGCGGUGAUGGAGGUGGUGAUUUCCAAAGACAGUGGCGUGGGGUUUUGCUGUUCUCUUCAAUACCCAAAGGACUCUGGGUUUUGUCCUCACCAUGUAUCUUGGGCCAGUAAUGAAUGCAAAUGAAUGCACCCAUGCUGGGUUUACACAGCAUACUGGGGGGCUGCUCUGAUGUCCUACCUCAUGGGAGGGCCACCAGGCAGGUCUCUGCUGUCCCCUCUUAUCCUGCUGGAGAAUUGCAGCCAAAAACUCCAUUUAUCCUGCCCACUCCUGAUUGCUGUGUUGGCCCUGUUUCAGACACCCUAAAGGCCAGCAGGGAGCAGCUGGGAUCCUGCCCCAGACUGUGCUGGGAGCUCCUGGGCUGCUGCUUCCCUCCUAGAGCUGAGAGAAGAAAGCAAGGCACCCAGGGCCACGGCUCCAGCAUGGACCCAGUCGGGCCCUGCAUCGGGGUCUCUCCAAUGCUUGCCACCUCUGAGUGUCCCUGGUGGCACUUCCCUCGGUCACCACUGCUGGCUGCAGUCGGUGGCGCAGACGAGCGAUUGCAUCGGCUCAGGACUUCGGCUCAGUUUUUGUGUAUAUAAAGCAGAAUUGGUUUUCCUUUUUAUUUUUUAAGCAUUGGUAAAAAUAAAAGCUAGCAGGAAUCCCA